AUGUCAUACAACGCGGCGACGAAGAAGAAGAACAGCUGGAAACUUUUCCCUAAAGUAGAUAGACAGCAAGAGCAGGCUGCUACGAUCGAUACUACAAAAGAAAAUAUCAAUGCUUUGGAAAUACCAUUUGGGGUUCGUAUGGCGAAUAAUUCUUAUACUUGUCCAAUGCUUGCGAUUCAUCUCCACACCCAGAAACAGUUCAGCAAUGGUCGCACGUUGAUUGAUCGGGAAAUUUUGACGGAUAAGAAGAACGAAGAAGCGAUAUUUAUAGGUAAUCGCCGGCUGAAAGAAGAAGCUGAAGCUCAUGCUGUAGAGGAAGUAACUAUGAUUCCACUUGAUGAUGUGAUGAAUAUCACUUAUGCAUCGGAUAUUUCAAAAAAGAUCCAAGCGGAAGUCCAGGAGGAUAUCGAAAUAAUACCUGAUUCCAGUAAUAGUUGCUGGAAGUCAACUCGUAAAACAGCAGUGGUGCCUUACGUAAAAGAAGGAACAGAUUCCAUGCUUUCAAAUCGAAAUGUAACUCGUUCACCAGAUGAAAUCCUUGUAUCUAAGAAUCGAGUCGAUGGGAUUUUUUGUCGCAAGAAGAAGAAACAGAAUCGGCUUCGAAAACAAACGAAAAUUACCGAUCACCAAAUUGAACGAACAAUCAUCAUGGUCAUCGAAUAUAGUAAACACAAUUAUACUGGCACACCUACGGAUACACAGUAUCUUAGUAAUGGGGGAAGAUGCUGCUCCAUAGCUGAACUGAGAUUUUACCUAAUGAAAGAUACGAAAACUGAUCCGAAACAAUUCGAUUUGACAAAAAGAUACGCCGAAACUUUAUGUCGAACAGUAAUGCAGAUAAAAGGAAUGAAACACAAUUAUCCGUCGAAUAGUGAAUUGCAAACGCUUCUUACACUCAAUCAUUUAGGCACAUUUGGGUAUGUUUACAACGAACCAUCUAUACAAGUUUCGACAGGACUGGUAUUACCCGGGACAACUGAUCCUCAGUAUCAACAAUUUCAUUUCGUACCACACAAUUCUGGACAAUACUAUCAACGAAAAAUGCCAUAUCAGCAAAUAUGCUAUCCAGUUCUAACUCCACGCGUUGUAGGAACUUCGCCAUUCUUACGUCAACAAUAA